AGUGUACCGUACCGCGCAACAGCUAGAACAUUACAGCGCUCGCUGUUUUGGAAGAACAUCAAAAUGUACGUGAUCAUGGCCGUGAUAGCCGCUUUGGCGGUUUAUUUCAUCGGCGCCAUGGCUUGCGGCGGACUCGCGUGGAAAUCCUGCGUCGGUUAAAUCACAAUUUAAAAUUAACUGAAAUAACAAUUCCAGACUCCAACUAUUCUAAAUCACCUUCCGGAUUGUGCGAAACGUGUCUCGGCAAUAAUUUUAUCUACAUUUGAAUACCAAAUGAAAUGUAAAAUAAAAUGUGUUUUAUUUUUGACCAGAUACAUAAUUUUGUCUCAAUUAUGUGUUUAUACGAAUGGGUUUUAGGUAGAAUGUAAGUUGGAUUUUGUUUUAUGUGCACGUUUGUCUUGUUUUUAUUUUGACAAGUCUAUGGUGUAAUUAGUGAAUUCUAAUAUAAGCAACGUUUAUGAUCGAUAUACCUACCAGGAUAAUUGUUUCAUUCAUAAAACCAGUUAAAAGUUUUUAGCAUAAUUUUACUAUUUUAGAUUUAUGUCAACCAGUGGCGAAUGGCAAAAUUUUCCAAAAGGGAACCCGAUAUAACAUAUAGGUACUAAUAUGCAUCAUGAUCUGCAAAUCGUUCUUGAUAAUUAUUAGAUUCUACAUAAGGGAAGCCGGUGGGAAUCGCUUUAUAUGGACACUUCGCACAUUGAUGUUGACUGGUAACGAUGAAUAUUUUGUAGAUUCAUUUGAUUUCGAAGAUCGUAAGCCUUUUCAUAUCCAAUAUCGACGUCUUUUUUGUAUACGUCGGAAGUCUGAAUAUUAAUGUUUUUUUUCUCUUGUCAUUUAUAUUUGCACAGACGUAUGCACCUCAUCUGUUUAAAUAAUGUAGAUACUUUGUAGUUAAUGUGCCGAAAUUGUUAAUAUAGGAAGACAAUAUGAAUAAUUUUCUACAAUUCCUUUGUAUUUAAACAUUUUAAAUUGACACUUUCUAAUUCCUCAUAUUAAUUUUCAAUGUAUAUUCAUAUUGCUAGUACUAUAAUCAAGAGUUUAAGUAAAAUGUAUUGUUAUAAAAUAUAGUUGCAUGCUUUAUACGAUUUCAUGUCAUUAUGUAGUAAGGUUUUAGUUGUAAACGACUCUAGUAUAAUAUCAAAUUUAAUGUGUUACGUAAAAAUGUUAUAUUUAAAGUUAUUUGAAAAUUGACCAUAGUAUAAUACACCUAAUCAUCAAUAUUAUAUUAUAGCCACAAUAAUAUGACAGUCUUGUGUCGUGUAUAUCAGGAAGCAUGAUUGUAAUUAUUGGUGGAUCACACGAAUAUUUGCCUGGGUGCGAGAAUCGAACCCGUAAUCUCUCGCAUUACAGCCAUCUAUGUGACUUUCUAUGAUGGUUUUAAAAUACGUGACUGAGGAGGCAAUUAUGAAGUUGAAAAAGUGUUAAAGUUUGUGUAAGGAAAA